AUGCAUGCAUGGGAGAAUAUUCCGAUAGACGCAGAGGCCAAUUUUUCACCAAUGGAGACAGUUCAUGGUUCAACUAUACCAACCAAGUUGACCAUUGUACAUUCCACUGGAGUGUUUUUGCACAACGUUGUCUGGUGCAGCUGUCCUGGGGUCGAUUCCAGUACCACUCGACCACAGACUGCCUUUACUUUUGAUGUCCUCAAUCAUUUUCUAAUUGAUGCACUGGAGUGCAAGACUUCAGCAUCCAGCUUCUUUGAAAAAAUCCGUCGAAUGACCAAUAACUGUUUCCCAGAUACUGUUCCUAAUCGAUAUCGAGAACUUAUGAGAGUGUCUCGACUGUGGAGAGACUUGAUGAGUCGAAAAUGGUUUGGCUUUGCCCAUAAUGAUGAGCAGAAACCGGACAAGGGUGAUCUGGCUUGUUGGCUUGUUUCACAAAGAUAUGUGGUAGACGGGAACUUCACUGCUCAACAUAUGGUAAUGAGAAAACCACAGUUGGACAUUAGUUUGUCAGACGGGCUUGGGUAUAUGGUGAAAGAUCAAGAAUACCAGACUCAUCUGUCAUCGGCUGUAGAAAGUAAAGAGCGGUCUUCUUGCAGCAAUCAUCGUGCAGUAAAUGCAGCAAAUAUCAGCAGGAGCAAUCUUCGAGCUACAGGUGUAGGAGCAACUGCUUGUGCUCGACAUGGAUGCUUUGUUCCUCAUAGUAUAGUUGAUUUUCAGAAGGGCGAAAGACACAUGAAUAUCGACUACUCAAUAUGCAAUGCAUUGAAUUAUCAUUCAGCUGGUAUAGACUCUUCCCUCAUCAUUUAUGAUGUGGGGUGUCAGUGGAGCAUUAAUUUUCUACAGAGAGUAGCCCAGAGCAAGGGCUUGUCUGUACCUGAAAAUAUGCACAUCGUUCCAGCAGUUGGAAAAUUCCAUCUUAGCGCUCACAAAUUAGCUUGCUUUGCAAGGUACAGCCUCAACUUUAUUCAAGGGGCUGGACAUGUUGAUGGGGAGAUUUUGGAGACUCUGUGGGCACCAUUCAAUAAGAUCUCCCCAACUGCUCGGUCAAUGAGUCAGGCUCACCGUCAAGAAGUUCUUGAUGAUCAUAUGCGAGACUCAAACUGGAAAAAAAUAGUGGGAAUAAUGAAGACUCUCUUGAAAAAGUACAAACGGGCUCUCAAAGGUGUUGAUGACACAAAGUCUCCCUUUGACGAGCUCACUCUGUCUCUGGACCCUGAGAAGAUUUCGAUAUGGAAGAUCGAUGAGAAAAAGGCCAUGGAACAACAUGGAGAGUAUCUUGACAUCUAUCAGUUGCAGAUGAACAAAGCUCCAACUAUGGCAGAGAUUAGACUCAAAUUAACUGAGUCUGAGAAUACCGACACUAGCAAACCUGGGACAGUCUCUUGGCUCAUUACUGGCAUCAAUCUGGAGGAUUUACAGGAUGGACUAAGGGCAGAUAUUCGACAACUUCCUACUGAUGCAACCCCAGGACAGAAAGUUUCUAUAGAAGAGAAGCGACAGAGAUUGACAGCUAGGAUAGCUAAAUUUCAUGAAACAGCUGAUGCCAUGACUGCUGGUAUGGAUCUUGGAACUGCAACAGUGCAUUCCGACGAUCCUAGAUUCUGCUAUGCAGGUCAUGAUGAAAAUGGUUGGGGAGAGGUCUCAGAUGAAGAGAUCUCAGAGUAUAUUGACGAAGAAAUCUUGGCUGAAGAGAUGGGUAUCUGGAUGCCAUCAUCAGUGCCCUACCAGGAUGCAUUGGCUCUCGGACUGGGUCAAAGCAAGAAGCUCAACGCUGUCAGCUCAAAAUUGACAACAAUGGAAGGUCUAGGCAUGGACAAAGCCACCUUGGGGAGUCUUUAUCAGCCAAUAUCGCCUACAGAGCUCAGUAUAGACAAAGAGGUGACAGAAGAAAAUAGAUUUGGACAAGGGUCAGACAGGCUGGCUUGGUUUUGGAGGGGAAAUAAUGCAAGCCAAGGUCAAGACGAUGCCUGGAUAGAUGAAUCUCCAACCGAUCUAGUCUACAGGGUGAACUGGUUGAAGGCUAAGGCUAGAUGGAAUAGAUGGCAAGAGGAAUUAAGGCUGGUAAGACAUGAAAUGGGUUGGACCAUAAACUGGUUCAAGUACCACCAGAAUGAAUGGGAGAGAAGGGGUGGCCAAGCCACCAGACCUGGUCAUCAAGCCUAUGCUUAUCAGCAGGUCUUGAUGUGGGGAAGAUUUGUUGAGGAGGCAGAGAAAAAUUUCAAUGGAUGUAGCUUAGCUAGCACUAGCUCCACUCUAUGUAGUCCACAGCUGGCCGAGAUAAUUGUAUUUAAGAUAUGGACUGGCCAGAUGGUUCCUACAGCAUUCCAUGUAAUUCUGAUACCAAUAACUGACAGAAUCAAGUCGGCCGAAUUAAACCGGCCGGGAUGCAAUGUUGGAAUUGAAAACCAGCCAGUCUUGAUUCUACUGUUGUAA